UGCAGGAGGACUCAGGUGGUUAGCUGAUGUGCCAGUUGAUGGUUUGAGUCUUUCUGCCGGUACCAGGCUGUCGUUCCUCGGGGGAGCUGUAGCAGCAUGUCAGAGGUUGGAUGAAGCUGGGCAGCUUUUUGGGGUAAAGUCAUCAAGGAUUUGAAAGACAGAACAGGAGUAUUGAUUCAACUAGUGCGCAUCGCAUUCGGCAAAACCAGGGAUGGGUACAAUCCCACACGAGAUCCGGAGACUCUUGGAUGACUGCGAGUUGUUUGUGACGGAGAUCCUUGAGGAUGAGAGCCUGAGUGAAAGCGCAGCAGAAACGCGGAAGGUCCUGCUGAAUAACUUCCUGGUCGUCCAUGCAAGGCUUCCUCAGGAAUUUCCAGCAAGAUUUGACUACAGGGACGAUGAGGGCUCUGAUGACAACCGCAGCUCCAGCCUGGGACGUUCUGCCCCUUCAGACGACGCCUCAGUGUCGGACUACCAGGAUGAUGGAGUCCCAGAGUCAGAUUUAGGUGACAUCCCCCCAGUUGGAGCCCAGGAACUUACCAACAACUUGAAACAGGGCUUCCUGGAGAAGAAACGAAAAGAUCACAGCUUCUUCGGCUCAGAGUGGCAGAAGAGAUGGUGUGUCCUGAACCACUCCGUGUUUUACUACUUUGGGAGUGAGAAAGAUAAACAGCAGAAAGGCUCAUUUUAUAUCAGUGACUAUAGCGUGCAGCUGUCGAGCAGCCUGAGAAAAGACUCCAAAAAAACCGCCUGCUUCGAGUUCACGGCUCCUGGUCGACGGGCCUUCCAGUUCACUGCCAGCAGCCCUCAAGAUGCCCGAGAGUGGGUGGACCAAAUAAAUUUUGUUCUGAAGGAUCUCAGCUCCAAUGUCAUCCCCGUUGACGACGAUGAGUAUGAGGACGAGUACGAUGACAUCGAGGGCCUGGCCAGUCCCCCGCUGCCGCCAUCAGUGGCCCAGGUUUCGCAGGUCAGCAAGCAAAUAAGAAGACAAGAGAAGCAUGAACCUGAUGAGGAUGAAGACGACAUCUAUGAGGAACUGCCAGAAGAAGAUCUUCAAGAACAAUUGGAAGAGACUGCUGAGAACCAGUCAGCCUUGUCAUCAGAAUAUGCUAACUACUACCAGGGUUUGUGGGACUGCCAGGCCGACGAGACGGAUGAGCUGGACUUUAAGAGAGGGGAUCUCAUCUAUGUUAUUAGCAAGGAGUACAACAUCCACGGCUGGUGGGUCGGCGAACUGAACGGCACCGUGGGCAUCGUCCCCAAGGACUUCCUGCAGCCCGCCUACAUCCUCUGAGCUCCAACAGCACGCUCUCUUCGACACAUCCAGACGUGACUCCACCGACGGAUACCGACACAAUUUCUUUCCCGCUUUUCAUGAUGUAGAUGCUGCGUGUUUGUGCAGGAUCUACUGUCCACCAUAGAUCACAUUUAUGUGAUGUGGAAACUAGAACUGUCAUUUUAGAUGUAUUCAUCCAGAAAUGACCGAUGCACACUGAAAGUCACUGUUUACCUAGGCUGAUAUAUUUGUCAAAUAUCAGAAUAAGCGACAUACGUAACCGUACGUCCUUUAGAUAUUUUGAUUUCUUAAUUUUUAACAUUAAAGAGUUAUGUGCAUGUUAAAUACUAUUAAUAAAUCAUCAAGGCGUCAAAUUAAAAAUAUUCAUGUUUGGG